GCACCAGCACCAGCAGCAGCAGCAGCAGUUAACGGGCAGACAGGACACCGGAGACCAGGAAGCAUCGAUGGCCCCGGUGCCUGCGGACUGAAGAAUGGGCUCCGCGGUGUCAUGGCCAGAUCCAGCAGCAGAAGCUCCGGGGACGGGGAGCCGCGGGGCCCCGGGCCGGCGGAGCGCCCCGAGCCCCGGGAACUGUCUCUGGAGGAGGUGCUGAAGUGCUACGACCAGCCCAUCAACGAGGAGCAGGCAUGGGCCGUGUGCUACCAGAGCUGCCGCGGGCUGCCGGUGCCUCCGCCGCCCGCCGGCACCGGCACCGGCAGCGGGAAGGAGCCGUCCUCCAUCCUCCUGCACCGGGACGGGACCGUGUGCUUACAGCGGGAGCCCCGGAGCCACGAUGAUUCUGAUGAAACUGCUCCGUCACCGACUGCAGAGCGACAGGUGGUCCAGUCGCUGGGCGUGGCCAUCUACAGAGCUCUGGACUGGGGCCUGGACGACAGCGAGGAGCGGGAGCUCAGUCCACAGCUGGAGCGCCUCAUCGAGCGCAUGGCCGGCGAGGACCGGGACGAAGAGGUGGACCGCAUCGCCGGGAACGGAACCACAGACGAGGGGUACAGCGGACAGGAGGAGGAAGAGGAGGAGGAGGAGGAGAAGGGGGGGGCCAUGAGGCCGGUGCGUACGUUCCGCCAGGUGAUGGCGAGGUGUGCGUCUCGGCUGUCCGAUCCCAGCCUGGCUCCAGAGCACUACCAGGCUGUGUGCAGGGCUCUGUUCCUGGAGACCCUGGAGCUGCAGACCUUCCUCACCAAGAUCAGAGACGCCAAGGACAUGCUGAAGAAGAUCACGACAGAGGAAGCUCUGGAGGACCGGUCCACCGCCGAGCUGGACGCCCUGAAGAACCGAGACUGGGCCCGUCUGUGGGUGCAGCUGAUGAAGGACCUCCGUCAGGGAGUGAAGCUGAAGAAGGUGCAGGAGCAGCCGUUCAACCCGCUGCCCUCAGAGUUCAGCCUCACGCCCUUCGAGAUGCUGAUGCAGGACAUUCGAGCGAGAAGGUUCCAGCUGCGUAAAGUCAUGGUGGACGGGGACAUUCCCACCACAGUGAAGAGAAAUGCACAUGAGCUGAUCCUGGAUUUCAUCCGGUCCAGACCUCCACUCAAACCAGUGAUGGAGCGCAGCCUCCCCCCCCCUCCCCUGCAGCAGCCCUCCCUCCACGACCGGGUCCUGGCUGGGAUCAAGCAGGAGAGGAAGCUCCGCCCCGUGGACCCGCCCAGCUCCAGACCUUUCGGCUCUCUGCCCUGUCUCGCUCAGACUUGUCCCUGCAGCGUCAAAUCUACGUCCUGCAUGGACCUGUCGGUGUCGGACACCGGGCCCCGGGCCCCGUCCCGCCCCCGCGUCCUGCUCAAGGCCCCGACUCUGGCCGAGAUGGAGGAGAUGAUCAUAUCAGAGGAGGAGGAGUCCCCGGACAGCAGCGAGCUGAAUCGGGUGGAGAUCUCCCUCACGCCUCUGAAACGGGAUCGAUCCUUCUCAGAGCACGACCUGGCCCUGCUCCGUGGAGAGAUGCUUCCCUCGCUCUCUGAGUCGGCCCAGCAGGAUGGGGGGGUCCGGCUCAGGGGUCAGAGGCCGCGGUCCCGGACGCUGACCAGCGGCGGACCACCUCCUUACUUCAGAGCAUCGUUCCCGGGUCACAGCUGGACGCCGUCCUCCCCGGCCCGUCUGUCUCUGAGCUCGGUGGACGAGACCACGGAGACCUCAGAGGCCACGUCCCGCUCCAGAGCUGCAGACGAGCACCAGUGGAUGGAGGAGUUCAGUCACCCGGUGGAGAGUCUGGCUCUCACCGUGGACGAGGUCAUCAACGUGCGCCGGGUGCUCGUCAAGGCGGAGAUGGAGAAGUUCCUUCAGAACAAAGAGCUCUACAACAACCUGAGGAGAGGCAAGGUCUGCUGCUGCUGCAGAGUCAAGUUCCCUCUCUUCUCGUGGCCGUCCACGUGCCUCCUGUGUAAAAGAUCCGUCUGUGGCUCCUGCAGCGCGAAGAUGAAGAUUCCCUCGAAGAAGAUGGCUCAUAUCCCCGUGUACACGGUGGGAUUCCACAGCACCCCCAAGAGCCACGGACACAAGAGCCAAGUCUACAAGUCCCUGAGGACGUUGUCCCGGCGCUCGGUGGAGGAGGAGUUCCCUCACCUCUACGCUCACGGCUGCACGCUGCGCGACGUCUGCGCCGACUGCACCAAGUUCGUGGCCGAUGUCAUUUCCUCCAGCCGCCGGAGCCUGGACAUCCUCAACAACACUCCCAAGAGGGAGGCCAGGGCGGCUGCUCCGAGGCCGCAGCUGCAGCGCCAGUUCCACCUGGAGACUCCCCCCCAGCCGCACCCUCCCCCCCAGCCUCACCUCCCCCAGCCUCCCCCCCAGCUCCCUCCCCAGGCCCCUCAGCUACAGCAGUGACUUCACGCAUCAUUGCCUCCUUCAUCGCCGCAGCUCCGCACCGAGACGAUCAACAAUGUGAACCAAUGAUUAGAUACACACUGUUUGACUCUCUGACACUGCACACACACACACACACACACACACACACACACCCUCCCUGUGUUUUUCUUGCUGUUGGGUUGUAAUACUCGAGCCUCAGAUGUCUCCUCGCUUGCUGGAGCCUCGAGGACCUGUAGACGUGCUGCUCUGGGGAGGAUCCAGCUGUGUGAGGGACAUGUCUUCAGAGAUGAGACGCACGUUAUGAUCCAGUGAACUCUUCUUCAAUGAAGAACUUAAUGAAAUGAUGUGAAACGCUGUCUAUAGAGUUUUUAGUGAGAAUCUAGAGACACUGCCUCACUCGUCAUCCGGCUCCUUGUCGCUCCCACAUCUCACAGAGCUCCUCACGUGCACAGAGCUCCUCACGUGCACAGAGCUCCUCACGUGCACAGAGCUCCUCACGUGCACAUGCAUGCACAGAGCGUCUCACCUCAGAGGCUUCCAGCAGGAGCCAGUUCUCCCUGCAGCUCCAGGACCCGACGCUCUGGAGCUCACUGCUUCACUCUGUGGUGGAGGUGGGUGGCGACCCUGAACAUUUUAGCUCCCUGUUGCUGCCUUGUGUUUACUCAUGAAUGUAAUGUAGAGGAACUGAAACAGAAUGACAUUUAAUCAAAUUCUAAGCUCGCACAUAUAUUAACUUUUAUUUUAAAAUCAUCCUUAAAAAGGGAUUUAUCCAACGAGCGCCUGCUGCUUUCAAAAGUCCCGGGAACGAGCGGCUGAGGUUGGAUGGUGACGACACUGUGAAUGUAGAGCGGCUGGUUGACUGAUUGACUGAUGGAACUCUCUCUCUCUCUCUGUCUCUGUCUCUCUCUCUCUUUCGCUCUCUCUCUGUCUCUCUCUCUCUCUCUCAGCUGUUGUAAUCUGCUCUGUUUUUUUUUGUUGUAAACACUAGAAAAACCUCGACUGCAAUAAAACCCAACAACAAACACGA